ACCAAACAUCGUAAAAAGCAGUCUAUGGUAAAAAGCAACAAGAACAUGAACAAGAACUUCGACAGUCACAAUGCAAAUGCUGCGGUUAAAAAUUAUUAAAAUUGUUUGCAUCGUUUUAUUGAUAGAAUUUAAUCUUUCAGUGUGUGCCAACUACAGUUCUUUUCUUCCCAUUGUUGUGAAUACAUGGCCAUUUACUAGUGCAACCAAAGCAGCUUGGGAUGCCUUGAGCAGAGGGAUUAGUGCUGAAGAGAGCCUUGUCAUUGGAUGUACUACUUGCGAGGUCCUUCAGUGCGAUGGCAGUGUAGGUUAUGGAAGCAACCCAGAUGAAAGAGGGGAAACAACCCUUGAUGCUAUGAUUAUGGAUGGCUCAACUUAUGCUGUUGGAGCUGUUGCCGAUUUACGAAGAGUGAAGAAUGCUAUUGGUGUAGCACAGGCUGUAUUGCAUUAUACUGAUCAUACCCUUCUUGUUGGAGAAUCUGCUACAAGUUUUGCUCUUGAAAUGGGCUUCAAAGAAGAGUCCCUGGCAACAAAUAAUUCAAUAAAUAUGUUUAAAUCAUGGCAACAAAACAAAUGUCAACCAAACUUCAGACAGAAUGUACAACCAGAUCCCAAAUCCAGUUGUGGUCCUUAUUCUCCCCUCCCUCCACCUCCUUCCAAGUUUCAAAGAAGUGGAUCUGACCAUCUAAAACUUUACACUAGAAAAUCUCACAGUGAGAUUAAUCGUAACAACCAUGACACUAUUGGUAUGAUUGUCAUAGAUGCCUCUGGUCAUGUAUGGGCUGGAACUUCAACAAAUGGAGCCAAUCAUAAAGUUCCUGGGAGAGUUGGCGAUUCCCCAGUAAUGGGUGCCGGAGCUUAUGCUAGUAACACUGGUGGUGGGGCAGCAGCAACUGGAGAUGGAGACAUCAUGAUGAGAUUUUUACCAAGCCUACGAGCUGUCAUCGAAAUGGAACGAGGUGUGUCACCAGACAUAGCAGCUCAAAUAGCUAUGGCUCCCAUCAUUCAGCAUUACCCACAGUUCAGUGGGGCUUUGGUUGCUGUGAAUAUUACUGGACAUCAGGGUGCUUCAUGUCAUGGAUUCUCAUCCUUUGCCUACAGUCUGGCAUCUACUCAAUAUACCACAGUGAAAGUAAUAAAUGUACCAUGUUCACAUUCCUAGUGUAUAUUUUAAUACUAAGGACCAACAUUUUUGUCUGAUUUACUUUAUGACUCAAUAAUUUAUACUUUAAUAUAUAUUUAUUUUAUAUA